AGCGGAGAGAAGUGCUACGGUUCUCUGAGCAUCCCAUCCGUCCAGAGCAUCAGGACAAACCCGUAUGUGGCAAGUGCUGGGGCUUGGGCUCCCUGUCCUUGAGGAGCUGUCCCUCCACCGGGGAUGCGGAACCCCGUGCUCAGGAAACAGCGCCAGGCACAGCCGAUUCUCAUGAGCUGAGAUACAGUGUUGCCUUUACUUGGAGAAGAAAAUGUGGCCACAGGAGUGGAGAGAGGGCUGCCGGAGAGAAGAGGGCCAGCGGCUCUCUGCACCAUGAGCUGGUCAAGAGAAGGAGCAGCCGGAUCCUGACUUAAGAGCCCUGCUUGAGAAGCCGGAUGAGGAAGGCAGAGUCACCCGGCGGAAGCAAGCGUCCCUCGAGCACAGAGUGGCCGAGCUUCCUGGGAAGAGCCCGACAUGCGGGCAGGCAGCUGGACAGGCCAGACCAGGUCGUCGUGGCUUAAUCUCCCCUUGGCUGUGCGUUCUGCUUCAUUUUGCACACCGUCAGGGCUAGAUGUGUCCGGCAGUCCACCCAUCAUCUGGUGGCCGGCGCCGCAGCUCCCGAGGGCCCGAGCCGCUGGCAGCGCGACAGGCAUCCAUGCCAGCGGCCCCUCACGUCUGGUGGGCGCAGGCUGGGCCUCAGGGGGCCCUCGAUCCGGCCCGCGGUAAGCGCGGGGACAGUGAGGAGGCCCACGGGCCAGUAUGGGAUCCCGGAGAACAGCCACAGAAGGCUAGCGCCAGCCCCGCAAGAUACUCAAACGCCUCCCAGCCAGUCCGCGAUCCAUGCUCCCUCUUCUCCCUGGACUCCUUCCUGGGCCUCGUCCCCUUCUCCAGAAAGUCAGCAGAACUUCCUGCCCUUGAGCUUGCCUUGAGGGAAAGAGAGAAGUCCAAGCAGCAAAGAGGAAAACAGGCUGGAAAGCAGACGGCAGGACCCCCGCUGGACCCUUCACCUCCGGAGAGGCUGGCCUCAGAAAGCCGGAUGCUGCCUGUGUCCAAGCCACCUGCACUGCUCCAAGCCUCAGUCUCCCUGUCUAUGUGCACACAAUGCUUGAUCAGUGCUUCUGAAUGAAUGAAUGAACAGUAGAAUUAGAAAUGAUGGCUCAGAAAGGUUAAGCAACUUACUCCAGGCCACCCAGCUGUGACGGCGGAGCAGUUCUUCUCUCAGGUCCCAGCUCUCCUCCUUCCCCCUUGCUCUCCCCCACCCUGACAGAGGGGCCCAAGAAAGACGCACUCCUUCCCUGUCUCGGCAGGGGCUGGGGGGGCCAUGUCCCUCACGCCCUGGCUGCGGUGGAAUGAAGCCCCCUCGAGGCUGUCCUCCCGGAGGCCCACCGAGAUGGUGCUGGAGACGCUCAUGAUGGAGCUGGCAGGGCAGAUGCGAGAGGCGGAGAGGCAGCAGUGGGAGCGCGGCAACGCAGUCAGGAAGAUCUGCACUGGGGUCGACUACAGCUGGCUGGCCAGCGCCCCCCGGCCCACCUACGACCUCAGCCCUGGCGAGCGGCUACAACUAGAGGACGUCUGUGCCAAGAUCCACCCUUCCUACUGUGGGCCCGCCAUCCUCAGGUUCCGGCAGCUGCUGGCGGAGCAGGAGCCCGAGGUGCAGGAGGUGUCCCAGCUCUUCCGCUCGGUGCUGCAGGAGGUCCUGGAGAGAAUGAAGCAGGAGGAGGAGGCCCACAAGCUGACUCGGCAGUGGAGCCUGCGGCCCCACGGCCCCCUGGCGCUGGCCACCUUCAAGACCCGAGCGCGCAUCUCCCCCUUCACCAGUGAUAUCCGGACCAUCUCCGAGGACGUGGAGCGGGACACGCCGCCGCCGCUCCGGACCUGGAGCAUGCCGGAGUUCCGGGCGCCCAAAGAGGACUGAGCCGUUCCCUCCCCAGCCCAGGAGUGGAGCCACCAGCGGUAGGGCAUGAUAGGCCGGUGACUGGCCCCGCGUCCUGGAACCUACCCCCUUCCCCUGACAAAGGUCCCAAGAGGUGUUUCCUUCCCAGGACAUUCCGGUAAAAUGAAGGAAUCCGUCAGGCAGCACUCCCCCAUCAGCCCUGAGCCCACAGUUAGGGCUCCGCCCGCAUCGAUCUCCUCCCUGCCCCUCCCACAAAUCAGUGGGCGCAGCCCCUCCCCUGCCUCGCAGAGAUUCAGGAUCUUGGCAGACAAGAUCUACCCCUGGGGAGGGGAAGAGUUUGCCAAGACCUGGGUUCUCACCCCCCAUUCAGGGAUAUCCUAUUCACCCCUUCACCCUGAGUAAGGUGCGCUGGUUGGGUAGUGUGCAUUCUCUGCUGGUGGCUGGUCUCACCGUGGCUCCUAGGUCCUUGCCUCUGGGACAGGCAGGGCUGAAAGGGACCACAAAAGCCAAUAGGUCACUCUCCUCCGCUAGGGAAAUGAACAAACUGAAGCUCAGAGAGGGCAAGAUUCUUUCACCUUAAAUUGCAGCCAGAUUCCCCCAGGGGCCGUGAGGUUGUUCCUGUAGGUAUAGUCUCUGCCCGAGUCCUGGGCUGUGAUGGGACAGCUCCAAGGGCUGUCUCCACCUGCCAGUGGUCUGACACAUCUCUGACCUUGGAAUUGGCAUGGAGGUCUAAGGCAGCUGGGAUCAGAGGUAAGAUGCCCUUGCCCCACCCCAAGAGAAUCAUCAUUCAGGAUGUGGCCAAUGCCUGGCAGCUCCUCCCAGAGCUGAAGCUUCAGGCUUCCUCCUCACUGCUCUGGAGAGCCCAGGGCAUGGAUUCCAGGGUCCCUUCUCUAACUGGUCAUAUGAAGGAAAGUGAUCCCAAAACCCCUAACUGGUCUCAAAGAACCAAGGGAAAUGUUCUGGAAGAGCCUCCCUACAGGGUUCACUGUCCUUCCUUUCUAAUAUGGUUAGAGCUGGAUACGGGACAUGUGGUGCUCCAAUGUAUGGAAGGUCAGGCAGCUUCCCUGGGCUGAAGUGGGGUGUGGGGGGAUGGGUGAGGAAAGUGUCUGUCCCCAGCUACCAGUGCAUGCUCAGAAAAUGCAAGUGGAUCUUACUAAUUAUUCUAAAUAAAAUGCCAGGAGAUAAGUCUGUGGGGACAAAAUCCAUAUACUCCCUGACGAGGCUCAGUAGAAAAAAAAUGGUUUUUAAGUGAUCUGGUUUGGGAUUAUUUUCAUUCAAGUCUGGACAGAAAAUCCUAAGAUGAUGGAAAACCUCUUAUCCGAUACAGUCGAGAUGAAGGAGUUGUCUCAUUACAUACCUGGUAGCCACUGAAAAGCACUUAAAUGGAAAUGUACACCUUACACUUCUUACAUAUUUUAUGUUAAGACAUAAGAAAAAGUUCAUUUAAUUGCCAAGCUGUGUUCACUCUUUUGUGACAUGGAUUGUCUGAUGAGGAUCCCACACUUACGUUUUAUUGGCUCAUCUGUCCUUUAGUCAGUCAUACCAAUAAGAACAACCGGCAUAAACAAGUUUGGAACGAGCAGAAGGGACUCUCGGUAAGCAGACAGGUCACUUGGCAGGGGCAACAGUGCUGGGGAGAGUUAGAAUAUGAUCUACUAGCUGUGAGCUUUCUGGGUAUCCUGGUUGGAGGUCAUCUGUUUUUUCUGAGGGAAUGGAAUGUCAGGGUCAACCUAGUUGCGGGGUAUGGGCUAUUCAGAGGAGGUCAACUAAGAGAAUAACUACUCAAGAAAUGGGC